AUGGAGGCGAAAGAUGAGUUAGAUCUCACCCUCUCGCUUCGGUGUGGGACUUCUGAGGAAACUCCUACCUCUUUCCUUUCCCUUUUCCCAGUACAUUUUUUUCAAACAAACUUACCUUUAAUGCGAACACUUUGUUCUAAUCCUAACUUCAACCCUAAUUCUACUUCUUUGUCGUCUUUUUCCAACAACAAUCUUUCGUUGACAUCUUGCAACGACAACACCAACCCUCCAAAUGCACCUGCUGAAGCGGCAAAAAAUGUUUCCACAGAUACAUGCUCUUUGGGUAGGUCUCGUCGGACUUCAUGUACUCGACGGAGCAAAGGAAGUAGCGAAACUGUUCCUGCGUUGUUUCCUUGGGCGAAGAAUCAGCGAGCCAGCGUCCACAGUAAGGAAUAUCUAUUGGAGAAUAAUAUCAACACCAUCAAAGGAAAGGUUCACUGCAAGAGGUGCGAGCAUGAAUUCGAGUUGAGUCUGAAUUUGGAAGAGAAAUUGAAUGACUUAUGUCAAUUUAUUAGCAAAGGAAAACAUAGGUGGCAUAAUAGAGCCCCACGGGUUUGGACGAGUCCGGUGUUUCCAAGAUGCCCUAUUUGUGGAAGAGAAAGCAGCAGCAGACCCAUCAUUGCCAAAAACAAAAAGGAGAUUAAUUGGUUGUUUUUAUUGCUUGGUCAAAUGCUUGGUUGUUGCACUCUUAAUCAUCUCAAAUAUUUCUGCAAGCACAAUGAGGUUCAUCGAACUGGUGCCAAAGAUCGCCUUCUUUAUGAUACCUAUAAGAGCCUAGUCAAUCAGCUUGUACCUGGUUUUUUUGUUUGA